CAUUGAGCGAGUGUCGCGAGUUCAGCAGGACCGGUAGUGUCAGUCAGUCAGCACCUGUCACCAUGAAAAGGAAUGCUGUGUUUAUUUUUGUAGCCUGCUGUGUUGUCUCAGCACUGUCAUUGGCUGAAGAUGAAAAGAGGUCCAAACCUUCUGCAACCUUGUCCCCUGCGGAGGAAUUUAACGUCUCAUCAGCCACCACUCCAAAGCCUACAACCACCACCCCAAAGCCUACAACCACCACCCCAAAGCCUACAACCACCACCCCCAAGCCUACAACCACCACCCCCAAGCCUACAACCACCACCCCCAAGCCUACAACCACCACCCCCAAGCCUACAACCCCCAAGCCUACAACCACCACCCCCAAGCCUACAACCACCACCCCCAAGCCUACAACUACCACCCCCAAGCCUACAACCCCACCUCCUCCUGAACCUACUCCCUCCACCAACUUGACUGUAGGAAACUAUACCAUAACGAAAGAAGGAAACGUGAUUUGCCUGAAGGCUCAGAUGGCACUGCAGAUCAAAUUGGCAACACCAAAGAGCAAUGGAACCUUCAUUGUUCAGCCAAUGUUGACCAAAGUGGGUGGAAGUUGUGAUGCAACCACGGCCAACCUUACCCUUACCUUCAAAGAGGGCUCCAUCAGUUUCAUGUUCAACAAGGACACUGCUAAAAAUACUGUCUACGUUAAUACUCUGUCUUUCGACCUCUUCUACUCCUUCAGUAAAGGAGCUAAAGAAAAUUACACUGCCAACAACAAGUCCGUGCAUCUCUUCGCUGCAAGGGUUGGACACUGCUACUCAUGCAAGAGUGAAUCACUGUACAUGGGGAAUGGACUGUACCUGGAUGUCAUUAAAGACAGGAUGCAGGCCUUCAAUCUAACAAAGAACGACUUUGGCUUUUCUGACUACUGUCCUGCUGACCAGCCUGAUUACCGCGUUGCCAUUGGAGUAGGAGUGACAUUGCUGGUGCUCAUUGUUAUUGUAGUGGUGGCUUACCUGCUGAGCCGCAGGAGGAGGACCGGUGGCUACCAGACUCUGUGAGGUGGGCCGGUCGGUGGGUUAUAAGAGAUCAAGUAGUGGUCACUCCCAUUAUAAACCAAAGUCUGUGAGGCUGUGAUGCUCUUUCUCAGGGGCUAAAGAUCACUUCCAAAAAAGCCUAACCUUUUCUGUCCUUUUAUGUCUUGGUUUACCUUAUUUACUGUUAUGAACAGUUUUAUCUGGAGGUUCCGUAGUAUGGACGCUGGAGCUAGCCACUUUUUAAAGUUCUUCAGUGUAAUCAAUAAAUAAACUGAUUAAUUUAAAAAAAAAAAAAAAAAAACGCGAUAAAUUGAUUAGUAAAAGUAGCACUUAAAAGUUGUAUUGACGAGUUCAAAGAAAAAAUAAAUUUUGAGAUCAUUAAAUUUCUUGAUUAGUCCUUCUGUUCUGACUCUUAAUGCUGAAAUCGAAUUUUAAAUUGGAAUCAAAAAAUACAUUUUUAAAAGGCAUUUAAAUUUCACUUAUCCCAUUUACUUAUUUAUGUGUAUUUCAAAUUCCAUUUCACACCUCAUUAAUUUUCUGCUUUAACAUUUAGAGUUGUGAUCGAUGAAACAAUGCUUCUCUAUUUAAUUUAAGGAUUUUUAAGCAGUGUGUCACCUAAAUCCAAAGUCCAACCCACAGAGCAGCAGACGGAGCUUUGGCCUUGGACUUUAGAUUUUACUCCCAGUUGACACACAGCUUAAACAGCUUUAGACUGAAUUAAAGCACUAAAACACAAAAUUAAUUAAUUGAUAUGAUAGGCAGACAUGUAAGUAAAUGGAAUAGCAAAAAGUAAAAUUUAAAAACCACAAUUAAUUUGUAAUUUCAUUUUAAAACUCGGUUAGUAAUUCAUUAUUUAAAGACACAACAAGGAAACAGAAUUAUUAAUUGUAAAAUUUAAAGAUAGAUAUGUUUUUUUACUUUGAGUUUAAUAAUGCAUCAUUUCAAUACCAAUUUAAUUCAUCGAUAGCAUUUGUAUUAUUAUUCCAAUGGCACACUGCAGAGUCCAUACAUAUGGGAUUUCAAAAGCCAAUAAAAAACAAAAUUUUCUAAAUUCAACAUGCCAGUAGCCAAUUUUUAUACUCUAUGAGAAUUUUUAUGCGAGAGGAUGACACAAAGUUACAAGAAUUCAACCCCAGAAUGUUACUCUCAUCAGGGUGGACACUAAAAGUGAUGAUACUAAUAAUGACACAUGUAUUCAAACUGACAUUAUGCAUACGUGUGUAAAAACUGACCAAAAUGUGUCAUCAUAAUCAGUUCAGGUUCAUGUUUUUUACAAUAGACACCCAGAGUAUUAGCGGUCAGUGCUGUGAUAAUGAUGUAAUUUUAUAUUCAAUUUUUGACAAGAGGCUAAUAAUGGUUCCUUUUAUGAGUCUAACCCCACAUUAUACUCUCACUGACCAGUGGAAUCAUGACGUAAAAUAAAAUGAAGUCAGAAAUCACCACCUGUUCUACAUAAAUAAUAUACAUCUUUUCCCCACAAAUACAGUUAAAAUUUUCCUUCAUUGUGUCAAAUGUUUUUGUUAUUCUUCUGUUUUUUAAAGACUCAAAUCUUGUGUAUUCUGUCAUCCAGGGAUUUUAUUUUUAAAAGAAGGGAAGUUAUCCAACCACUAACAUUACAGGUCAUUAUACAGUAUGUUUGCAUUAUUAAUCAACCCAAAGGGGAAAAUUAAAAGGAUGUUUUUAAGGGAUUAUUUCUACUUCAUCAACAUUAAUUGCACUGAUUGCUGUUCCAACUGAUUACCUUUGACUUCUUAAUACUAUAUGCAGCGGUACUGUGCUUUUAUAGAAAUGCGUAGAUUUCUAUAAAAACACAGCAUCAGACUAACUGACCAUGUGGGUCAGUCUGAUCCUGAUUAGAUCUUUUAAAGGGUUUUACAUUUAUCACAUCUCGAGAGUCCAUCUCUCCUUCCCCACCAAGUCUACUCUGAUAUGUUUUACUGCCCUAAAGGAAUACUUUGACAUUUUGGGAAAUAUGCUUAUUCUUUUCUUUUUCUUUGCAGCUGUUUCUCCUUGUUUCCAGUCUUUAUGCUAAGCUACGCUAACUGUCUCCCAGCUCCAGCUGCAUAUAUCGUAUCAUUGACAGAUAUGAGAGUGGUAUCGAUCUUCUAAUCUAACUCUCAACAAGAAAGCAAAUUAGCUGUUUGCCAAAAUGUUGAACUAUUCCUUUAAACAUGCAAAACUGACACCAAAAGAUUGAUUGUAUUGUGCUUAAUUCCAACUGAGUGGUCAUUGCAAAACAGAUAUUUUUGUUAACAGUCUCACCACAAUGUCCAUUUAGUGGCUGUCAAUCAUAUCGCUUGAUCUUCAUCAGCCUAAAAGGCGGCAAACUCUUAAAAUUCUCAUAGAAAUCACAAAGUAGAAUAUCUACGUUACAGUGACAACUGAGCAAACUGAGGUAGGAUUGAAAGGUCAGCAACAGCCACUAAACAAACCCUGUGGUGAGAUCAUUUUCUCAACUGCUGUUUCCAAGGUCAAGAAUAAACUUCGAACCUUAGAUAUUAUGCAGCAUUCAUGUACCAGACGAAAAUGAAAGAAUCACAAAUUGAGCACACAAGUAAAAAUAAACAAAAUGAAUAUGGAGUCAAAGUGUCAGUUCAUCCAAAUUACAGAGAGACUUAUUGUCUCAACUAGCUCUAGUGGUAUCUAACCAUGCAGGUGGUUUCCAUUUUAUGACGUCAGCUUCUGAAACAUCUGCCGUUAAUACAACAGAGGUGAAUGAAAUUUUUUUUGUGCUCCUCAAAGCAUUGAAAAAUGUCAUCCAAAAAAAAUGAAUAGUAGCUUUUAUUUCCAGAAACCAUGUCUUGAUUACUUAGUAUAAUGCACAGACAUAGCUGUCAACAGUUUUUAUAGGGACUACUUUAUCCAUGAGAAAGUAGUUCUGGUGAAAACUGUUGUCAGGCCUGUCUGUAAAUUAUCUGAGUAACCAGGAUAUUGUUUCAGGAGAAACAACCUGGUGAAGAGUUUUUCAAAUGUAAUUUUUCAGUGACAUAAGCAAUAUUCACCUCCAUUGUUUUAUUGUGGAUACUGAGAACUCAGAGGCAGAUCUCCCAAAAGCUGAACAAAUAAAAACAAAACUAUCUGCAUAGUUAGACACCAGAGGAGGGAAAUGAAAAUAUUUAUUAUUUGUGGUGAACUGGCUCUUUAAGUGCUCUGAAAAGUCUCUGAGAGGUAGGCUAGACUUUUCGACCUUUAACGAAUACUCAUAGUGCCUUCGUUAAUGUAAUAAAUGAUGGCAUGAUGGGUAGACUGUCUGGAAGUGACUGACUGGAAUCAAUCAUUAACAAUCUCUAAUGGUGUAAACGUUCCUCCGGUACUGUCAGCUUCUGCAGCAGUUUUAAAGAGUACAGUAGGUGUCGUGUAGUGCAGUUGGAGUUCGUCCAUCCAUCAGGUGAUACUGUGACGUUCGGAAGUGAACAGAAAUGAGGGACCUUUCUGUAUGUAAAGCUAUCCCCACUGUCUGAGCACUUUUACCUGUUGUUAACUUCCUGUGUCAAUAAAGAUUGAUAUAUUCUUUA